ACCGUGUUACUCCCUGAAGAAAGGAGAUAUCCCAGCCCAGGCAAGGGAUAUCACCACGUACCAUAUAUCCGUCUCUAUCGACCAGUCAACCUACUCUUGUUUAACACAUCGUCUCCUGCAUCCUGCACGCUCAGCCUCCCGAUCUGCGAAAUUACCACAAGCACGCAGAUGAUUCUCUGCUAACGCGUCACACCGUUGACAGCUUAAUGACAUCUAUGCGGCAAUUUUGGUCCCCUUGCUCCUAAGAAGAUAUAAACAGUAGAUUUCCCUUGAGAAUUUGUUAAUGGACAAUCGUUGAACUGGCCACGCGAAAUCACUCAAUUAGAGCGCGGAGUAUCUACAGAAUUAUGAUAAUAACCUCGAAGACUAAACAGAGACAGAGGCCCUUUGGGUCCAUUCCGGAUAUCCUUUUUCAAAUCAUAGUCAACGGUGAUAUCGACGUAGUGUUGACACUUUGUCUUGUAAACAAAGCGACUUAUGAAGCUAUCAAAUUGCUUGAACCGCAUAUUUGUCGAUGGUUCAUGCGCUGGCACAGCAUCGACACAUUUGACCCUGUGCUUACUCUAAACCCACAGACGGGUGAUCAAAGAACAUUGACAGUGCACAAUCUUUCGAGGUUCAUCGAACGCCAGGACAUCGCGCAUAAGCUCGCAUGCCAGAUCAUUCCUUCAGUAUGGGGUCCCUUCUCGGAGGACGAAAGUCAGAAGAUGAAUUAUCAUGCAGAGCACCGACUCGUGCAGCGACUAGAGCGAGGGCUGCAUGUCCUUUUCCACAUGGCUGACAUUGCCCGUGAUGCAUACAAAUUAAGGCAGAAAAUAAACCCAUUGGUUCCUGACGUUACCGGGCGCCUAUUGGUACUUACUAGGAUGCUGGAAGAGUACCCCGAAAUCCCGCGGAACAAGCGGCAAUUGACGUCGUUCCAAGCAUACGCCAGCCAUGUGUAUACCGUCUUAAAGUGGGGCUAUAGAGAGGUAGAUAUCGGCAGGAGACGGCUCAAAUUCAGAAAUUAUCUUGACGAACAGACCGAGAUUGACUUCCACACCACACUUCGAAUGCUGCGGGAGCUUAUGGAACGGAUGCUUCUCCGACAUGGACCCAGAGACUGGCACCGCGAUGCAAGAAAUGAAUAUAGCGUGAUCUCAUGGUUCCUGCUGAAGCAGUCGCCACAGUCUCUAGCCAAGCUUUUCUUAGGUCCCCAAGAUCAGUGCUGUGGUCUGGAGGAGAAAGCUACCGAUUGCGGUGUUAGGAAAUGUAUUUUCUCAGACCCGCUCGAUAACUACUGGAAGGCCUGGAAAAAUAUCCCAGACCUGGGGUGUCAAACCUGCGAUUGCAAUCGACGAGUCAGGAGUUGGAGUGUCAAACCAGCACUGAUCGAUGACCGAGGCCGAGAAUAUAACCGUGCUGCGGAGAAGUAUCUAAAAGAGAUGUGGACACAAAGGCAUGUUGGGCUUCACCAGGUGUUUACGAUGGGGUAUUUCAGCAUUGUUUUAUGAUGACUAAAUGAGCGAUAAUCAAUUUCACGAUUCGAUGCGUAAGCAAGGGGAAGAAGCUACAUAAGUAGCCUAGCGCCCACCACUCCGUUUACCGCCUCUA